GAGGGCUCUCCAGGGUGCCUCGCUCUGCCCCCACGCCUGCCCCAACCCUCUCCCCAGCUAUAAGAGCUGGCCCGAGCAGGGUGCCCAGUGGCAGGGGCCAUGGCCAAGCCACGCCUGCUGCUGUGGCUGCUGCUGCCCACACUCUGUGACCCCAGCGCUGCUGUGACCGCCUGGACCGCCUCGUCCCUGGCCUGUGCCCAGGGCCCCACGUUCUGGUGUCAAAGCCUGGAGCAAGCCCUGCAGUGCAAGGCCCUGGGACACUGCCUGCAGGAAGUCUGGGGGCACGCGGGAGCCGAUGACCUGUGCCAAGAGUGUGAGGACAUCGUCAACAUCCUCACAAAGAUGACCAAGGAGAACCUUUUCCAGAACACCCUUCGGAAGUUCCUGGAGCGUGAGUGUGCCCGCCUCCCCUUGAAGCUGCUCGUGCCCCAGUGCCGCCAAGUCCUGGAUGACUACUUCCCCCUGGUCAUCGACUACUUCCAGAGCCAGAUCACCCCAAAGGCCAUCUGCCAGCACCUGGGCCUGUGCCGGCGCAGGCAGCCCCCGCAGGCGCCCGGGAUGCCAGAGCCUCCGCCUGACCCUCUGCUGGACCCUCUGCCAGACGGGCUGGCCCUCCCCAUGCUGGCAGGGGCCCUCCCGGACAGGCUCGGGCCUCACACGCAGGCGCUCUCCCAGCCGCGCUUCCCCAUCCCGCUGCCCUUCUGCUGGCUCUGCAGGACUCUGAUGAAGCGGGUGCAAGCCAUGAUCCCCAAGGGCGUGCUGGCCGUGGCUGUGGCCCAGGUGUGCCACGUGGUGCCCCUGGUGGUGGGCGGCAUCUGCCAAUGCCUCGCCAAGCAGUACACCAUCCUCCUGCUGGACGCGCUGCUGGGCCGCAUGCUGCCCCAGCUGGUCUGUGGCCUGGUCCUCCGGUGCUCUGGAGAGGAAGGCGCUGGCCCAGCCCUCCCCACGCUGGGCUCCCUGCCUGAGGAGUGGCUGCCCCCGGACUCCCAGUGUCAGCUCUGCGUGUCGGUGACCUCCCGGGCCCAGAACAGCAGCGAGCAGGCCAGGCCACAGGCUAUGCGCCAGGCCUGCCUCAGUUCCUGGCUGGACAGGAAGAAGUGCGAGCAGUUUGUGGAGCAGCACGUGCCGCAGCUGCUGGCCCUGGGGCCCGGGGGCUGGGAUGCCCGCGCUGCCUGCCAGGCCCUGGGUCUGUGUGCCACCACGUUCAGCCCUCUCCAGUGUCUCCAAAGCCCCCACUUCUGAGGAGACGCAGCCUCCAGGGUGGACCACCAGCCAGGGAGGCCCGGCCCAGCCGCUGCCCAACGCCAGCGCCACUGCGGGUUCAGCGAGGCCAGCAAGCACAGCGUCCUCCAGACAAGGUCUGCAGAGGGUGCUUCCGACCCGCACAGCCACCAGCGCCACGCCAGUGGGCACCACUCAGGGCCAGGCUGAAGAGGACAGCGUUGAGGCUGGGCCAGCCCACACUGACCCCUACAUGCUCAAGACCAGCUUCUUGUCUGCUAACACUUCUAAGUCCAAAAUUCAGAAUAAAAAUGGGAACAUAAC